AUGGUUUGGACCGCGACAAAACCGAGAGGACCAAUCUCGGCAAUGAAUUCAACGCCUGGACCCGUUUAUCUAUUACCGGGUCUAGUAGGCAGUGGUAAUCAUGAUCCACGUUCAGUUCAUUCAAAACAACCAGCAUAUUCAUUUGGACUAAAACAUGGAAAAUUUAAAGAUGAAUCAUCACCGGGUCCAUGUUAUUUUCCUAAUCCCAAAAUUUCUCGUACCGGCAAAGAUGGAACACCACAAUAUAGUCUUUACGCUCGACGUGGUGAUUUAAAAGCCGAUCAAAAUCCUGGUCCAGGAACAUAUAAACCAGAAGAACAAGGCCCAAUGAGAAGCGUCUUUCUAUCACAACCAUCAUACACAUUUGGCUCACGACAUAAAUAUUUCGGUCUAGAUAAUACACCAGCUCCAAAUGCCUAUGCAUUACCAGCAAUGCUAGGAAAAACUGUAACCAGUAUGAAAAAACAGGCUCCAAUGUAUACACUGACCGGAAGGAGUAAACGAGGAGGAUUUGAUGAAGAUUUACAACAAACUCCAGGACCAGGAACAUAUAGCAUAAUCAAACCAAGUAUUUAUAAACGAGAACCACCAAGUUAUAGUAUGACAGCAAGAAAUACAAUGCCAGGUGAUAAUACAUCAAAACCGGGUCCCGGUGUUUAUGCAUCAGAAAAAGUGUGGUUACAUAAACCGGCAGCACCCGGCUAUUCUUUUGGAAUUCGUCAUAGUAUGUAUGAAGCACCUCUCAUUGUGGAGGUGAAAGAAUAA